AUGAAGAACCUGGAGGAGGCUCUUGGGACCGAGACAGACGAAGAGAACAACAACCAAGAGAGAGAAGAUCAAUCAGAGACAUUCCAUAAUAAGAGCCCGCUCCUCUCUGAUCCAUGGAAACCGUGCCAACGGCCUCGAGCAAUUGUCAAAGAAUGGCUGCUGAAGCUGAGCUGUUGUCUUGGAGCAGUGUGUGGGAUGGAGUGGUACGGCUUCGCUGCUCUGGGCGUUUUGAUGGCCUUCCUCAGCUUCCUCAUGGACCUUAGUGUAACAAAGCUGCUCAGAGCUCACCAGUGGCUUUACAUGAAGCUGGAGGGAAACACUCUGCUGCAGUUUUUCUGCUGGACUCUUUAUCCGUCAUGCCUCUGUGCUGUCGCAUCGUCAUUCUCCCACAACAUCUGUCCCUUCUCCACAGGCUCAGGGAUACCAGAGGUGAGAACCAUGCUGGCUGGCAUUGAAAUGCCUCAUUACUUGUCUCUCACGAAUAUGUUUACCAAGUUCCUGGGUCUUAUCUGUACACUAGCAGCCGGCAGCACUGUUUUCCUGGGCAAAGUGGGUCCAUUUGUGCAUCUUUCCACCAUGAUGGGAGCCUACCUGAGCCACCUCUGCUCUCUUAUACAAGCCAAUGAAAAGGUCAAAACAGAUGGAGAAAUGUUGGUUGUAGCUGCUGCAGUGGGAGUAGCCAGCUGCUUUGGAGCUCCAGUCAGCGGCGUGUUGUUCACUGUGGAGGUGAUGUGUUCUCAUUUUGCUCUGAGGCAUUACGUCCCAUGUUUCUUCACGGCCACCUGUGGGGCGUUGACCUUCCGCCUCCUCUCAGUGUGGAGUGGAGAUGGAGAGACUCUUCAGGUGUUGUUCAAGACUAAUUUCCCUACUGUUUUACCUUUCUACCCGCUCGAGAUUCUGCUGUUUGCCUUCCUGGGGCUGCUGUGUGGAGCCGUGAGCUGCUGCUACCUCUUCUGCCAUCGGUGGAUCCUGCAAUUUACCAAAACAAACCCAGUCAUGAAGAUGCUGACGACAGAGAAGGGUCUGUACUCAGGCGUGGUGGCCUUCCUCCUGGCAACUGUGACGUUUCCCCACUUUACAGGUCAAUACAUGGCUUCUAAGUACACAAUGAAGCAGCUCCUCACUUCCUUACUGGAUAGCAGGCAGUGGACCUCUCAAUCCCAUAAUGCUUCUGUGCAGCUGGAGCCUGAGACAUUGUUGGAGUGGAGCUCAUCAGGGAGUCCUGUCUGCCUGUCUUUGGCUUUCUUUCUCCUCAUGAAGAUGUGGAUGUUGGUCCUCGCCUGCACCCUGCCUGUGCCAUCUGGAUACUUCAUGCCAGUCUUUGUCUAUGGGGCAGCUUUGGGCCGUUUGCUUGGAGAAGGAGUAGCUUAUGCGUUUUCCACUGGAGUGACUUCAGACCAGCAGAGGGCUGCAGUAAAUCCUGGGGGCUACGCACUGGCUGGCGCAGCAGCUCUCUCUGGGGCUGUGACUCACACCUUGUCUCCAGCUCUCCUGGCAAUAGAGCUCACCGGACAGUUCAGUCAUUCUGUACCAGUUCUCCUCGCCACUCUCCUGGCCAACGCCCUGGCUCGCUCUGGGCACCGCCCAUCUUUCUAUGAUGCCCUCUCUAUCAGCAAGAGACUCCCACACCUGCCCUCUCUGAAGAAGGCAUGUCCUCGGCUUCCCUCCACACCAGUUGGACAGGUUUUGGGAGUGAAAUCAGUGCAGCUUCAAAAAGCAGCUGCGCCAGCUGAGGUUCAGCAUGCUGUCAACACCAGCAGUGAAACACAAAUCCCUGUGGUGGACUCACACGAGUCUGGGAUUUUACUGGGGUUUGUUCUUCGAUCAGAACUGCUGAUGUUCCUGCGUCACUCGAAGGCUGAGACUCCAGAGAAACAUCUGGAUGAGGUCUGCUGCAUUCACCCCCCCUCUAUCCUGUUAUCACCUCACAACACUGUUCAGGAGGCCCACAGUAUACUGAAUCUAGUUGGAGCCCAAACCUUGUUUGUCUCAGACAAAGGACGGUUGGUCGGGUUCAUCACAUGGACACAGAUGAAGAAAAUAUUAGAGGAGCUGGCCAAAGAAAUCUAAGCAGUGGCACACAGGAAAUAAGCACAUCCCUGACCUUUUUUAAGCAUACAUUAAUCUAUCUGUGUCGGAUUAGCUUUUAACUCAGGCCUGGUUCUAAUAAUGAUAUCACAUCUUCAUUCCCCAAGCGUUAACAAUAUUUGCACACAAACAAAAGUGUCAUUAGCUGGAGGCUCCUGUGAUCCCCAUUUAUCAGAGCUUAUUGUGUUGCCUUUUAUUGUAAUUAGCAGCAUCACGUCUACAGAGGAGACAGUUCAUUGCCUUAAUCAGUCAACCACACUGUGACACAGUGAUAUUAAAAUUGUGUCUGCCCAGAAUCUUAUCCAGUGGAGAUGAAAACAAAAGCCUGUGAAAUAGUUUGUUCAAUUAACACAAUAAAUCCCUGCUGCUGUGUUUGUACUGCUACACCACCCCUCCCAGUGCGUACGUUUCUUUACAUUUUGGCAAAUUGCCUCCAUUAAAAGAAAAAUGUCAAAUCAGCCAUUAGUUCCUAGUUUUGAUAGGUUCCCAUUAAUGUACAGACAUCUGUGUGUGUCUCAGUGUGUCACAGGGACUGUUGUUACUCCAGCUGCUGACUGUGCUGGUGAGUGGGACAAAUCACUGGGUUUAAUUACAGUAACACUGACAUGCACCUGUUCCUUUCACCUCACACAGUAUCUGUGCAGACAUAGCUUCCCAUUUAUAUUGUAGACAACUGACUCUUUCUUGGGACAAAAAUGAACCAUCACAAAACUAUCAAACCUAAAUCCUGUUUUUGUAAUUACUCUGCAGCAUGUCACCCUAGGAUUAAGAGCUGUAUUUGAAGGUGUUCCCACAAGCAUCUCAAAUAGAGUUGAACAUUAAAGCUGCUCUGUGUCGAAUUUGAACAUUUCUGCCUUUAGUGUCCCCCAGUGGCAGCAUUGCAAAACGACACUGGCAUACAGCAAAGCACUUCUCUAUACCCAUGAGCAACGCAACGCAUAGACUGCACCAAUAUUCAUUUGGAUUGUCUCACUUUUCUACAAAAAGCAGCAUCAGAAUGAUAUGUAUUCCACACAUAGAGUUCACACCGCAACACAUGAUAAAAUGCUGAGUGAUUUCUCUCAGACGCAUUGGGAAUAU